AUGAAUUUAUCGAACAUAGCUAAACAUCUUCUCUAUUUGGCUAAAAAUGAAUAUGGACCUGGAAAUUCUGUAACAACUACCGAUGAAAUUUUUACUGCUGAACGAUUAUUCGAAGUUUUGAAGUCAUUUAAAAACAGCUACUUCAAUGAGCUCUAUACUUAUGAUACUCUCGAAUUUAACGAUGAAUAUGAUGAAGUGACUGAUGAAGAAGAGAGUGAUGAUAAAAUUGAUGAUUACAGUGAGAAUGAAGAUUCCGACAUAAGAAAUUGUUUUACAUUAGAAGAAAUGGAAAAUAUAAUCGAAUGGGUUGACCAACAUCCGAAUGUAGGAAUUGCAUCUAUUUCACAUCGAUUCAGAAAGGUCAAAUACAUGUAUUAUAUUGCAAGAGCAAUUGAAAAAGAAGCCAUUCAUGAUGAUGAUCUUGAACUUUAUGCAAUUCAAAAAGCAAGAGAAUUAGAUUGGGAUACAUUCAAGGCAAGCAAAUCGUUUAUCAAUGAUUUUAAAAGAGAAAACGGAAUAUCAUCAAGAAGAUAUAACAAAAUCAUUACUCGAACAAAAUCAAACAGAAAAAUAUGCAGUUUACAUGAUGCUCAAAAUUGGAUUGAAAAUAAAAGGAACUUAAUAUCAAAAUAUCCUUUUUACCAAAUUUUAAACAGUGAUCACUGUUCAUUUCAGCAAGAAUAUAUUCCAUCAAGAACACUUUCUUUUACUGGUGAAAGAACAACAGAAGUGGCUGUUAAAAAGAAAUACAAUACAACACAUUCUUAUACAGUCCAACCUGUUACAUCAGCUGACGGUCAUUUAUUGGACAAGUUCUUACUUAUUCUUCAAGAAAAAGAAAAUACAUUUGGUAAAAAUGUGCAAAAAAAAUUUAUCGUACCACCAAACAUUGUAGUUAAAGCUUCAAAAUCAGGAAAAAGCAGUGAUGAAAAACAUCAUGCUUUUUUAAAUGAAGUUUUACGUCCUUUGGUUGGUAAAAAAUUUCUUCUUUUCCUUGAUUCUUGGAAAACUCAAGCUGAUCUAACAAAAUUUAGAGCAGUAUUUCCUAAUCAAGACAGUCAAUUAUUGAUUUUUCCUGAAGGAUCAACGGGUUAUAUUCAACCACAGGAUCUUUCUUUAUUUCGUUCAUGGCGAUUUAUUCAUGAAAAAAUCGAACAUUAUGUUCAUAUUAAUCAAAAUCAAGUUAAAAUUGAUCAGUAG